ACAAUAAAACAAAAUUGUCGAUAUAUUUAGAGAAUUUAACUUUAUGUUCGUAAGCAUGAGCAAAUAAAACAUUGUCAUCGAGAAUGAUAUACAAAUUAAAUUAUACAGGUAUUCAUGACUCUUUGUUAUUCAAGUAGAAAAUGGCAAAAGAUCAAGGAACAAUUGAACCAAAUUUUCACUUAAAAGUGAGCCUAUCGAUCAUUUAUUUUUUGGGCACCUGGCCACCACGUGCGAGCAAAUACCGAAUUUUAUAUUUGCUCUAUACUGUCUGUAGUUUCAUUUUUCUUUUGGGAAUCUUGCUCACCGCCGAGAUAGCAAAUGUAUUCGCCAACUGGGGAGAUAUGUCAAAAAUCCUUGCAUUUGCGACCAUACUAAUGACGAAUUUUAUUCACGCUUCCAAGGUGUUUAUUCUUCUUAGUCGUCAAAAGCGAAUACAGGCUCUCCUGGAUUUAGCCAAUAGUUCCGCAUUCAGUCGUUAUGACAAGAAGCAUCAGGAUCUCCUUAUAAAAUAUACGUGGAAAGGCCUCUUUCACCACGCGACAUAUCAGAGCUUUGGCGCGAUAGCGGUAUUUUGCUGGGGUAUCACUCCAAUCACUGAUCUGAUUGCUGGUCGUUCACGGCAAUUGCCUAUGGAAGGAUGGUACCCUUACAACGUAACGAGGACACCGGUGUUCGAGAUUACCGCAGCGCAUCAGGGUAUCGCAAUCAUAAUUGCUUGCUUCCACAAUGUGGCAUUGGACACCCUGAUGACAGGUUUAAUCACGGUUGCCUGUUGCCAAUUAGCAAUCUUGGAGCGAAAUAUCAUGUCGAUAGAUAAUGAAAAAAACCUACAGAAUGAUAACAACUUAUCGUUUCUAGCCGAAGAGAAGAUCUUGUCUUAUCUGCAACUCAAACGAUGUGCUAUGCACAGUAAUAUGAUAUUUCUUUUCACGAUGGAGAUUCAAAACAUUUUUAGUACUAUCAUCUUUUUCCAAUUGCUCUCGAAUUGUAUGAUCAUUUGCCUGAUUGCUUUCAAUGUAACGCAGAUGAAAGUUUAUAUCCCAGCAGUGCUAAUUGGCUUGGUGACAUACAUGUGUUGCAUGACGUAUCAGAUAUUCAUUUUUUGCUGGCAUGGUAAUGAGCUACAUCUCCACAGUUUACGUAUAGUGACAGCCGCAUAUUCGUGCAAUUGGUUCUCCGCUACUAAAGGAUUCACCCACAGUCUACAAAUCAUGAUGAUAAGAUCUCAUCGGCCCUUCACUUUGAUUGCCGGCAAUAUUAUGAUACUAUCGUUAGAUACUUUUGUACAGAUAUUACGGAUGUCCUAUUCAAUUUUUACAGUACUUCAAGGUUCUACUAUCUAACUAUGAACUUAUCGUUAAGAUUGAAUUUUGUAGCUAUAUUAUAUUUCCUCGAGUUUACAUGACU